CAUACGUUCAGCACGCGUCCACGAGGUACUUAAAGACCGUCUCCGCAUUUGUUGGCUACACUCACAGCCGCCAUGGCGUACGAGCCAAGGCCCUCAACUGACCAAGAGUCUGCACCUCUCUUGCGAGGUGGAGAUGAUGAUCCUCCGCAAAGCGCCCAGUCACGCUCUCCCCACCCAUCUAUGUCCCGAAGAAUUGCCGACGUCGUCCAAGAACCACUUACUGGCCUCACUAAAGUACUGCUUGUUGAAGUUCUCAUAUUGCUCCUCAUAAGUUCUGUCUUUAUUGGCCUAUUCGCUGGUGCACAACAUAAACUGAAUCUACGAAACGGUACUCCUGGUGGUGGAGGUGGAGACGGAGGUGGAGGUAAUACUACCCUGACCAAGACCGCAACAGCUACAGUGACUCACACGACUACUGCUGCAACGACUAAAAUCUCUGGCAUUGUGACCACCAGCACUGCCGUGUCUACGAUGUUUUCUACGGUCUUCGGUACAACUACAGCGACCAAAAUUGCGACGACUACUUCCACAAAAACAUCUGUUUCUACCUCGGUUUCUACUUCCACUUAUACAACGACAGAUGUUCACACGCGCACAGUGAUCGUCGGGCCAGAGCCCACAGGACCUCCCGAGAAUCCCAACCCUCCGGCGCCUCCAUCAGAUAAGUGCCUCACUCCGGGUUGCAUCAUCUUGGCUGCUUCCAUUCUAUCUUCUCUGGACAAAACACAAGACCCUUGCGAAAAUUUCUAUGAUUUUGCAAACGGUGGUUGGAUAGCCUCGCACCCCAUUCCGGGUGACAAGGGUGCCAUCAAUUCGUUUUCGGUUCUUUCAGAACAGAACGCGCACGUUAUUCUCAAAUUACUUGAGGGCGACUCAUCGAUCCAAGACAAUUCGUGGGAUGAUCAACUACUUCACAAGAUCCGUAUACUAUACACUUCAUGUAUGGACGAGGCGCGGCUUGAUUAUCUUGGCCAGGAGCCAUUACAGAAGUUCGUCAACACGAUUCGGCAGCUUUACAGGGGCAAGACUACCCAAGCAUAUACCAUGAAUCCGAGACAGGGCCUAUCCAACGCCCUAGGUUAUCUGCACUCUCGGGGUGUCGACGCACUCUUUGAAUUUAGCAUUGAAGGCGACUCUGGUGCUGACCCGAACAAUAUGAUUCUGUGGUUCAGUCAACCCAGCCUAGGACUCCCCUCCAAGGAGUAUUACAAGGACAAGAGUAUUCUCACCGUAUAUCAGGACGUCAUCGAACGCCUCCUAUCAUCCUUGAGAGAUGACCGAGUUCUGAGUCAAGAGAACCCAGGAACAAUCCUCCAGACAGGAGAACUCGAAGACAGCGAGCAUGUCUGGCCCCCCUGGCCAUGGCCACCUUGGGAUGGAGACGGCGAUGACGAUGAUAAUGAUGAUGGUCGGGGACGUAGUCCUGGAGAUCCUUUCCAGAAUGCCCGCGAGCUUGCGCAGAAAGUUGUCAAGUUCGAAACUGAAAUUGCGGACGCAACACUUGACCUUGACAAGCUGCAGCAAGAUCCAUUCGGAACGUACAACCCGAUCACCAUCAACACUCUAAAGGCCGAGCUCUCACAGAUCAACUUCCCAGACUAUUUUGCCACGUUCACGCCUCGUGCCUUCCCAAGCCGUGUUAUCAUCACGUACAAACCUUACCCGAAUUCCCUGUCGGAAAUCUUGAAGAAGACGCCAGCAGAUGUCAUCGAGGCAUAUCUUGUUGCUUGGAAGGCUGUGAGAACUCUGCAGGAGACCCUGUAUGGCCUCAAGCCUGGCGUAGUUGGUGAACGCUCCCAGUUUUGCAUGACGAAGGUCGACGCUGCUUUGGGUUUCGGUACUGGAAGAUACUUUGUGAACCAGACAUUCCCUGGCGAAUCAAGGGAGAAAGCGACCCAGGUCAUUGAUAACAUCAUCGAUGCCUUUGAGAGAUCCCUACACCGCAUCGAAUGGAUGGAUGAAGAGUCCGCACGUAAAGCUGCCGAGAAAGCCGAAGCUCUUCGCGUUAAGGUUGGCUUCCCUCUAUCCCCAGACACACGUGAUCCACGUUCCCUUGUCUCCUACUACACCCUCGUGAAAGUACAUGUGGAUACCUUCUUUGAAAACAUGCUUAGUGCUGCCUCCUCCGAUAUGUACAAGAUGUGGCAGAAAAUCGGCAAGCAGAGAAAUCCUGAUGAGUGGGAGAUGACACCAGCAACGGUAAAUGCUUACUAUAACCCUCCUGCCAAUGAAAUUGUUUUCCCAGCUGGUAUCUUACAACCCCCUUUCUUCUCUGAGAGCUGGCCUGGAUACCUCUCCUACGGCUCCUUUGGAAUGGUAGCUGCUCAUGAAUUGACUCACGCAUUUGACUCCUCAGGUCGUCUUUACAACCAACAAGGAAAACUCGAAGAGUGGUGGUCACGUCAGACCAGCGACGCGUACCAGAUUCGCCAGGACUGCAUCGUGGAGCAAUACUCCUCGUAUACAGUAGAGGAUGGCAAAGGAGGGAUCAUUCACGUCAAUGGAAAUCUUACCUCCGGCGAAAACAUCGGAGACACAGGUCUGAUUCAGGCGUAUCGGGCUUGGAAAGCGCAAUACGAAGAGUCGUACGAUGCCGGAAAAGAAUAUCUGCUUCCCGGCCUUGGGUACACUCGGGAGCAGCUAUUCUUCAUCUCGUUCGCCCGUACAUGGGCGAUGAACAUCAGUCCUGCUGACGCAGUUCGACGUGUCCGGUCAGAUCCUCAUUCACCGAACCGUUAUCGCACUGAAGGCACUGUCUAUAAUAUUCCGGAGUUCGCAGAAGCCUUCAAAUGCUCAAAGUACGCCAAGCUUAAUCCACCAAAGGAGAAGAGAUGUAUCUUUUGGUCUUGAUCUGCCGGUUUUUGAUACUUUGUUUCUAUGACAUUUGCUUCCUUUGGUUAAUAUGUGGUCCGAACACUGCAGUCUGUACACUAUCUAAUGCGAGCAUUUCUU